AUGAAGAGCAAUCAGAAAGAGCGACACUUGGAAGUAACGGGAAGCCGGAAGGUUUCAAGGCAAACUGACAGUUGCCCCAUCUUCCACCGAGACUACUUCUGCCCCCCAGUAGAGGAAGUGCCAAAGUCUGAGAGAAACCCCGGGCAGAAGCUGGGAUCACCGGGGAAUUUCAAGGUUUGGGUUCCUGGUAAGAUCUCCCCGGACCCCUCUCAGGAACCAGAAGAACGGCAUCUCCAACUCGUAACUUCUCAGCCACGGGCUCUCCACUGCAACUUCUGUCCCACCAGGCCUCCUCCUAGCGAGCUGUGCGGAGGCCCGAGGAGGAGGAGCCCGGCGAGGGGCCCACGAGGCGGCCGUCACCUCGAGGCGUGCGCUCGGCCCCCAUCCCUCCGGGCCCGGGAGGCCGAAGGGCGGAGCGCUCCGCCCCACGCGGGGCCCUGGGCGGUGUCUGCGCCCGGGUCUCGCCGCUCACCCGCCUCGUCCCCCUACCUGACUCGGCCGCCGCCGCCGCCGCCAGCGCGCUCCCAGCCCUCGGGGUCGGAGGAGGUGGAGGAUGCGAUUCGGGACCGGGAGACGGCAGGCCAGGGGAGAGGAGGGCCCGAGGCUGCACGCACUAGUACACGCCGGGCUCGGGAGAAACUUUCUCCGUUACCGGCCCCGCCACGGCCGCCAUGCUUCCGCCGCGGGGGCCGCGACGGUACGGAGCGCCGCCGGGGACACACGGCGCAGAGCGCUUCGUUCCCGAGGUCCGGCCCUCCUCCCUGCCCAGAGCCGCGCGCAGGGCCCGGGCCGCAGGUGCUGCAGCUCCGGCUCCGGGGACAGCCGCCCCACCUCCGGCCCAAGAUCCCCCAGGACCUGGAACCGGCGGAGGCAAAUAGGGAAUCGGAAAGGCCACCAAGAAUCAGACCGAAAUGUCCAGCCGGCAUCUAG